AUGACUUCUAUCACAGUUGAAGAAUUAUAAAAUUUAAAAAAUUUGGAAGAUAAAUUCAUUAUUGCUAAUGUUUAAUAUUCUUUUAAAGAUUCUGCUCAAAGCAGCAGCAAUUUCAAGCAAGAAUUCAUAGAGUAAACUAUUGUAAAUCCUCUCAAAAGCACUUAUGGCUAGAUAGGAUCUGCUAAGUUUCAAGUGAAACUCCUCAAGUUAAAUGACAUAAAAUAAACAGUGGAAAUUUAAAUGGAAGCAAGCUAGUUCACUUAAUUUUGGGCAGCCUUUAUCUUGAAUAAAAGUAUAGGCAGUGUGGCUUAUAAAGUAAAGUUAAUUUCAAUGCAAUUAAUAUAAAACGAAGAAGAAAUUGAUGAUGGUUCAGAUGACAUGCAAGAAUGA